AUGACUUCCUCCCUCGUCGCACUCCAAUCACUAUCGGCUCUCUCCUUCACCACAGCCGUCAAGGGCGCUUCGUUCUCAGCCCGUCCCAUAGCAGCCGUUUCCGCCGUAGCUCCCUGCAGGCUUGGUGUCACUGCCCUCCUGGACUUCAACAAAUCCGCCGUCCCCGCUAAGACCACUCCCGCUAAGAAGCAACUCCGCACAGAGGAUGGCAUCUUUGGCACGUCAGGCGGCUUCGGCUUCACGAAAGCGAACGAGCUCUUCGUCGGCCGCGUGGCGAUGCUCGGAUUCGCCGCGUCGCUCCUCGGCGAAGCCGUUAGCGGGCAAGGAAUCCUCUCGCAACUGAACCUGGAAACCGGAAUUCCCAUCACGGAAGCCGAGCCGCUCCUCCUCUUCUUCAUCGCAUUCACAGUGCUCGGCGCGAUCGGCGGGCUCGGCGACCGCGGGCGAUUCGUCGACGACGAGGCGCCUGCGGGUCCGCCGGUGAAGCCCGGCAGUUUCAAGGCCGCGCUCGGACUGAGCGAGGACGGGCCCCUGUUCGGGUUUACCAAGGCGAACGAGCUAUUCGUGGGGCGCAUGGCUCAAUUAGGGUUUGCGGCGAGCUUGGUUGGCGAGGUGAUUACCGGGAGAGGUCUCACCUUGCGCACGGCCACGAUCGCUUGCACCAUGGCCUCCCCCAGUGCUGCCCGCAUGACAGUGUCCGCCUCAAACGCCGCUAGUGAGUCCUCCAGGCACGAGGGCAGGCGAGGAGGCGCAGAUUCGGCAGGAAGGUCAGCAGGGUUGACGUCUGGAGGGGUGGAGGGGAGUGGUAGGGGGUGGAACGAGGUGUGGGUGGGGGAAUGA